AUGUUCGCCAAGGUUCUCAUUGCAGUUGCCCUUCUCGAACUCGUCGCCGCCGACUGUGAUGCGAGCACCCAGGCUGCCAUUGUCCAGUGUUAUACGCCCUACCUGCAGUACUACGGACUGGCGCCGAGCGGCGGAGUUCUGCCUAGCUACAUGGACCUAGCCGUCGCCAUCCAGAAGAAGUUCGACCAGAUGGGGCAGAAAGCGGCGCAGGAUAUGUGCGACCACACAAACUCCCUGGGCACCUGCUUGAACGCGACGAUGUACCCGAUCGAUGUCGACUGCUACAACCACAUCGUUCUGGCCAAUAACAUGACUGAGUCGUACACGUACAUGGAGGAGCAGGCUAUUCAUGAUUAUGAGUGCAACGCCGGGCUUACCGUGUUCCUCGCCGAGUUCUAUUGCGUCCGCGCCGCUCGUCAGAACAACCAGCAGAAGCUUCAGCAAUGUGACACUGACCUCAACAACGACAUCAACAACGGCAUGAAUGUUUGCAAGGCCUACGACAAAUACAUCUCCUGCAACUCGGUCAUCUACGCCAAGGCGUGCGACUUCAACGCCGGCGUGCUGAUGUGCAACAUCUACACCAAGGCGAUGGACAGCGUCUACAACUACUGCGACAACAACGGCCAGCUGACACCUUGCCCCAACUAUCGUGUCAACCCCAAAUUCCUCCUUGGAGUCGGGCCAUUC